AUGAGCAAACAGGUUGUCUUCUCCCUCUCACUUCUACUUGCAUUUAUCUUCCAUUGGAGCACAAGUUUAGCCCAGGCCCCCGACAUUAUCGAAAUCCUCGAAAAGCCGGGCCGGUUCACGGUGCUAGUCCGCCUCCUAAAGAACACCGGAGUGGCAAACCAACUCAACGGGGAGCUCCAGAAAUCAAACACUGGAUAUACCCUUUUCGCCCCAACCGACAAGGCAUUUUCGGACCUCCGAUCGGGCGCUAUAAAUUCUCUGAGCGACCUACAAAAGGUUCAGCUCCUUCAGUUCCAUAUCCUAGCCACUUUUGUUAGCCUGCCCAACUUCCAAACUUUGAGCAAUCCGGUGCCGACCCAGGCCGGCGACACCAGCGCGGGUGAGUUCCCGCUAAAUGUGACAUCUGCCGGAAAGGAUGUGGGGCUCGCGACUGGCGUUGUCAAUGCCACUAUAGGAAGUACAGUGUAUACGGAUGAUGAGCUGGCCGUUUACCAAGUGGACAAAGUGCUUCUUCCUCUUGAUAUUUUCCGUAAUUAUAAGCCGCCGGAACCGGUGUCGGAGAGCCCUCCGGUGGCUGCUAAAGUGCACGAGUCUAGUGCCUUGAGCCUCACCGGGCAUGGAAUGUGGUUUUCCAUUGGAAUUGCUGCGAGUGUUGCUGCAUUUUCUUUGUGACAAAGGAUCUCGAAGACAUAUGGUUUGGUGGGAUCUAAUUUUCUUCUUUAUGGUUUUGCUGAGUUGGAUUGAGCGGUCGUGAUCGACUCUGAGUGCUUCUUCUUUUUUCAUGCUCCAUUUUCCGUCACCCCAGUUUGAACUUUUUUUUUUUUUUUUUCAAAUACUUUCCCCCAUCAUUUCAGAUUUCGAGUCCUGCUCUCUCCUUGUUUGGCGAUAAUUGCCUCAAGCUGUCAAAAGUGACCACAAGAUCUGUGCUUAAUCAAAUUAUCAUUUUGGGAAAUCUUUAAUCUU